CGCCUCGUUUCCCCGCCGCGCGCUCUCCCACUCUGGGCGCUGGGCUCUUUCGCCUAGGUCCCAGGGCCAAUGCAGCCUAUAUAUUCUCGAAAUAAAAAAGUGUUGUUUUACCUUGAGCAAAAGUGCCACAUUCUCUCCGGGCACCGUAAAUCGAAUGUGACCCUGUGCUGCCAUCUAGGCCAAACUACUCCCUCGGUAACUGAGUGUCAGAGUGUGUGCGCGGAUUACGUAAAAAAAAUAAAGGGUUAAGCGCUCUGCUUUGUAGAGAAAGGCUGAUCUCUGUUUUUAACCUCUCAUCGUUUGCAACUAUGCAUUGAAAUUCCAAAUUGAAUAUUUUGGGUGCCUUUUCCGAUUGGCGUGAUUUGUUUUCGACCGUGAAGAAGACGAAUUCAUAGGUUAAAUCGAAAAUGGGUCUUUUAAGGUUUGCUAUCAAGAGCAGUAUAGCAGGUGGUGCUAUUUAUUACACCGUCCAAGAAGGUCUCUGGGGAACCCCAGAAGAAUCGGCAAAGCUUUACAACAAACUGUACAAUAACAUUAGUCCGCUGGUUCGACAGAAUGUACCCAAAGAAGUUGUGGAGGAGAUCCACCGUAUACCAAAUCCAUCGGAUUUCAAGAGAUGCGUAGUCUACCAUUGGAACAACGGAGUUACAACCAGUAUCAAGUUCCUUUCUGAACUGCCAGAACACGUGUCAAAUGGCAUUGACAAAAUUCAGAAAGAAAUAGAGAAAAGUAACUUAUCCAGCGGUGAAGCCACAAAGUCUAAAGAAUAAAAUCUAACGAUUAUAAUUUAUUCCCAUAGGUAAAGUUUUCGCGGGAGAUGGUGUAGAUAAGAAGUGUUGAAUUAAUUUAUAUUGUGAUGCAAACGACACCUUGUUAUUUCAAAUAAAAGAUAUUACGACAA